GCCAUUUUCACGCAGCCGGAUUAGAGAGACAGAUGCGUCUGGUGCUGUCAGACCUGGGAACAACUUCAGAAGAAACUCGCUGUGCUCCGAGCUGUGGUCAUGUAAACUAAAGAAUGGUCUCCACUCCUAACUAGUCUCUGUCACAGUCUCGAAAAGCUACCUAGCUAGCUGUUUCGCUCUUAGAAGGUGACGUUAUCCUUAAAUAGGUAACAUUAGCUGUAGCUAAUUUAGUGACAAGCUAGCUAGCAUAGCUAUCAAUCCCAUACAAACCACACUAUUCGGCUGGAGUGCUUCCUUCCGGAGUCCGGAAGAUAGGGCACCAGCGAUUCUUGUUUAAGCCGGUUAAUCGGCAUAAAAUAAUUAACCACAGACACGGCGGUGAGGCGGAACUUUGAGAAUUUCUGUACUGCGUGACGAGAGUCUGGAACCAAGCCGAACAACACACCCUGUCAGAAAGUCUGGCAUCUGGAUGUCCUGCGGAACGGAUGCGUGAGGACAUGUCGAGUGCGGUGUGUGUGUCGGAGGGUGCGGAGGUGUGUGUGGGCGCCGGUGAGGUGUGUGUGGCGCAGGAGGAGCUGGUGGCUCGGACGCGGGAGGUGGUGCAGGGGCUGGAGGCGCUGCGAGCCGAACACCAGGCCAUCCUGGAGGGACUCGUCGGAACCAUCGAGUGCCUCAAACACACGCCAGAGGCCCGCGCCGGACACGACAAGAGCUCCAUCAUCCACCGCUCCCUUGACAUGCUGGAGCUCGGACUCAGCGAAGCACAGGUGAUGCUGGCUCUGUCGGGUCACCUGAGCGCGGUGGAGGCGGAGAAGCAGAAGCUGCGGGCGCAGGUGCGUCGUCUGUGCCAGGAGAACCAGUGGCUGCGGGACGAGCUGGCCAACACGCAGCAGAAGCUGCAGAAGAGCGAGCAGAACGUGGCCCAGCUGGACGAGGAGAAGAAGCAUCUCGAGUUCAUGAACCAGCUCAAGAAAUACGACCAGGACCUCAGCCCCACGGAUGACAAAGACUCGGACUCGGGUAGGGAGACUCUGGAUGACCUGUUUCCUGAUGACCAGGACGAGCCUGGACCCAUCCAGCCCCCCCACAGUAGCAGCAGUGCGGCAGCGGUGGCGGCUCAGCAGGGGGGCUACGAGAUCCCGGCGCGUCUGCGCACGCUGCACAACCUGGUGAUACAGUACGCGUCGCAGGGUCGCUACGAGGUGGCCGUCCCGCUCUGCAAGCAGGCGCUCGAGGACCUGGAGAAGACGUCCGGCCACGACCACCCCGACGUGGCCACCAUGCUCAACAUCCUGGCUCUCGUCUACAGGGAUCAGAACAAGUACAAAGAGGCAGCAAACCUGCUGAACGACGCCCUGGCUAUCAGAGAGAAGACGCUGGGCAGGGAUCAUCCAGCGGUGGCGGCUACACUGAAUAACUUGGCAGUCCUCUAUGGGAAGAGAGGGAAGUACAAGGAGGCGGAGCCACUGUGCAAACGUGCACUGGAGAUCAGAGAGAAGGUGCUUGGUAAGGAGCAUCCUGAUGUGGCUAAGCAGCUGAACAACCUGGCGCUGCUGUGUCAGAAUCAGGGCAAGUACGAUGAGGUGGAGUACUACUACCAGCGUGCGCUCCACAUCUACCAGACCCGCCUGGGCCCAGACGACCCCAACGUCGCCAAGACCAAGAACAACCUGGCGUCGUGUUAUCUGAAGCAGGGGAAGUUCAAGCAGGCAGAGACUCUUUAUAAAGAGAUUCUCACCAGAGCACAUGAGCGAGAAUUUGGCUCUGUGGACGAUGAGAAUAAGCCCAUCUGGAUGCAUGCAGAAGAGAGAGAGGAGCAGAGUAAGGGGCAGCAGAAGGACGGCUCUCCCUUUGGGGAGUACGGAGGCUGGUACAAGGCCUGCAAGGUGGACAGUCCCACGGUGACGACCACGCUGAAGAACUUGGGCGCGCUGUACCGGCGGCAGGGCAAGUUCGAGGCGGCCGAGACGCUGGAGGAGGCCGCCAUGCGCUCCCGCAAGCAGGGUCUGGACUCGGCCCAUAAGCAGCGUGUUGCGGAGGUGCUGGGCGACCCGGACGCUCGUGAGAAGCAGCGGAGUCGUGAGAGUCUGACCUCUGACACGGUCAAGUACGAGAGCGGCCCCGAUGGGGGGGAAGAAGUCUAACUCCAGAUGCCUUGUUGUGGUUGUGGGCGUGUCUCUUCUGCAUGACGGACGCCUGCCACUCGACUGGCCCCGCCUUCUUCCUUCAGCUUCUGCUCUCUCUUUCUCUCUCUCUCUCUCUCUCUCUCUCUCUCUCUCUCCUGUCCAUCUCUCCUCGCCGCGUUUCAUUCUGUUCUUCAGAAUCAAAUACACACACGGGCACACACAUGCACACCUGUAAACAAUGUACACACACACACACACACACACAGCACACGCAUACUCUCUGCUGCCCUCUUCAAUACCCAGAAAUUUGUCUCUAUGCGGACACACACACACACUCUGGCUUUUCUCUGGCUUUGGGUUUGAGGACAGCUAGUAUCAGGUGGUGUGAAAUGUACAGGGUCAGAUGCACUUAGGACCAGUCACCCACUCUGAUCCCCUCUGCUCUCUCUCCUCCUCCCCUCUCCUCUCUCUUUCACUCGCUUCUUGCUCUCUCUCUCCCUCUCUCUCUUCCUCUUCCUCUCUUCCUCUCUCUCUCUCUCCUCCUCUCCCCUCUCUCUCUCUCUCUCUCUCUCUCUCUUCUUGCUUUCUCUCUCUCCUCUCUCUGUUCCCUGUAAGUCGGUGCCAGUGUACCUGUGUAGGUGCUGACCCCUCUCUCUCUCUCUCUCUCUCUCUCUCUCUCUCUCUCUCUCUCUCUCUCUCUUCCUCUCUCCCUCUCUCUCUCUCCUCUCUCUCUCUUUCCUCCUCUCUCUCUCCUCCUCUCUCUCUCUCUCUCUUCCUCUCUCUCUCUUCCUCUCUCUGUUCCCUGUCUGGAGGAUUGUAACACACGCAGCAGAACAUUAGUGAGGUCACAACUGCGGGAUGGAGGGAUCAGAUGGAGGGAGAGAGAGGGUGGAGAAAGAAGGGAGGUGUGGAAGAAAAGCGAGGGAACAUGGAGAAAACAAGGGAGGAGGAGAGAGGGCUAUUGUGGGCCGGUGGACCAGCAGGCUAGGACUGGAUGUGACGGCCGUCUGUCUUCCUCUCAUAAUGUGUGUGUGUGUGUGUGUGUACUAGUGUGUGUGUGUGUGUACUAGUGUGUGUGUGCGCUCUCAGCUGUCUUCUCUCUGCCUGUCUGUCUGUCUUGGGUGUGCUGUGUCUAUUAACUUCUAAUAAAAUCUGCUCGACUCAU